AUGAUUGCAGUAAGGUUGGUCAACACUAUGGGCUAUAGGCUGAGUGUUGCUCACCUUCGCCAUGCGCUAGUGGAGAGGUAUUUGAUAUCGAGGACUGAUUUCUUCGAUCUACGACUUCUGUCGGAUCUGCAAAGGGAAGAGAACAUUUUUGCUGGUCAAGCUCCUCAGCUCCCUGAGAAAUUCUUUGGUCGAUGGACAAUCACCUGUGGAGGUGGCUCAAUCACUCUCUGGGCUACAAACAGACGACAGUCGAUGAAACCGAAAGUCUCACUCGCCAACUGUCGGGUACUAGAACUUGGGACACCUGUGUCAUCUGUCUUCCAUGACAGAUUUUGUCUUAGAGACCGAAGAGCCGAUCUUACCGCGGACAACAUCGAAACAGUCGUCAAUUCAGGUAAGAGAAAUAGCCGAACAAGAUCCAGAGGUCGACAGGUGACUGGAGGGACCAUUGAACAGGCUGGGCGAAGCGAUUGGCUAUGA